GGGCGCGGGGAGCUCGGCGAAGGAGGAGACCACCAAGGGCGACGAUGCCACCAAUAUUCCGAAGCCUCAGACCAAGGAGGCUUCGGGGCUUCAACGCCAAACGACGCUGGAUAUGAACGCGCCCGUCGUGAUGAGCGGCCUGGCGGAUAUGGCUGGCAGCCUGAGCGGUCGCCUCAACCCGCCGAAUCGAAGUCAGGGACGGCCACGUGUUGGCGUUUAUGCCGAAAUCCUCUGCGCCGUCAACCAGAAUUAGCCUCUAUGGACUCUCCGUGAUGCCGGUGCUAGGGGGCGCCCAUGCUCACGCCCUCACCCUCAAUCGCGGGUCGAGGUGCAUGAUGCUUAUCAAGCUCGGCUCCCGGGAAGAAAUGAUGCGCUGGAUCAAUACGUUAUCCGAUGAAGUUAUCAAGAUGACGCCCACCGACCAGCGAUCCGGCCUCACCCUGUUCCCGACGCCCCGACAGGACUCUUCUGGGAAGGAGGAGGGCGCGAGGGACGAAGAGGGGAAGGAAGGAGACGCGGAGGAGGAGGAGGAAGGAGGAGAAGAGGCGAAGAACAGGGUGAAUGAGGAGGAAGUUAGUGAAGUUACGGAAGUUAGGGAAAAGGAUGAUGUCGAUGAUACUGACGGCGCUGUCGUGAUGAGGAAGGAAGUUGCCAGUCUGCAGGAUGUGAUUGAUUAUCGAGUCCAGAUGGAAGAGAGAGAGAAGUUUACUUAUUUCGGGUCGGGCGGAGACGCCACAGAUAAAGGAACGAGUCAGAUUAAUAAAGAAAAUACACUAAGAGACACUGACAGGACUGGAAGCCAAGCGCCAGAGUCCAAGAGCGCGACGCCCAAAGGGGAACCCAAACCGAAGGAUCUCGCCAACAAUAGCCACCCGCCCUUAAGAAGGCUCUCCGGCCAGGCUAGACCGAGCUCCCAGACGGACUCAGACACGGUCGACAACUUCCUCAUGGCCAGCGCUUUCCCUGAACCCGAAGGCAAGAGAGCCGCUGUAAACGGCCACCGCCCUCUCGCUCGACUCUUCUCCCAGCCUCGCGCUCCAGCUGCCGUGCCGGCCUCCAGGAAGACGCCAGGCACAGCUUCCAACGAGGGACUGACCAACGGCGUCAGCGAAGUCAGCUCCAGCGUUCCAAGGGGCGAAGAGACUUCUGCAGAAAGAAGGCGAACACAUAAUGACAAUGAUGGACACAGUGAUCAAAUAUCGGCGAGUCCGAGAGGCCCUACAACAUCGCGGGAUCCGAGCCGUAAUCACGUGGCGGCGGCCGGGGCUUCGUCUCAUAUCAACUCUCACGCUCGAGGACCUUCACGCGCGGCCGCUCUCCUCGAGCCCCGGCGGGUGGAAAUCGUGGAACAAGAGGUGAGGCCUAAGGCGACUUCAGAAAGCCAAAGGAUCUCGAGGAGGGGGGCUUCGGGUGGGGGCGGGAGCGAUCGGAGGAAAGAGGAAGAAGAGCGAAGAAAUACACGCGCGCCCACGCCCGUGAAAGAUGAUAUAGAUGAGACGCCCACGAUCACAUGGUCAGUGGCAGCCACCCGGGAGAAGUUCGAGCUCCUGUGCUCCGUCAGUGGCGAGGAUAAGCUCGGUAAGCUCACAACCAAGACGCCCAUCUCGCGGAAGAGGUCGGUCAGGAAGAAGAGGUCUCUCGACGGCACAGGGACCCCCCGGAGGCAGUCUGUCAAGAGGAGCGUCAGACGAACCCUGUCCAACAUGGAGAGCAACAGCAGCCUCGACGCGGAGGACCGAAGCGAAGCCGAACCGGAACGCCGCCCGCAGAGCGACGGCCUCAGACUCCCGCCCGUGCGAGACCUCCGGAAGAACUUCGAAGCCGAGCCGACCAGGAGCCCGACCCCAACGAGCCCUUCGAAGCCCCUCUCACCCACGCCCUCCAAGGCCUCCGCAGCAGGUAGCCCGGUGAAAUCCCCCGUCAGACGCACAUCCAACAUCCUCCAGCAGGACGCCACGAGUCCAGCAUCCUCCCCUGAGCCAGGAUUCAUCUCGAGCAAGGCGAUAAACGGACGACCUAAAGGCAGGAUUCGGGACGACGACAAAGGACCCGUGACCCGCUCUCUCUUGGCGACCCGAACGACCCCGCAGCCGGACAGCGAGGUCGUUAUCUGCUGGAGGGGCCCUUACAUCGCGCAGGAACCCGGGUCAGAGCAUUGUUUGGAACUGAGAGGAGACCGCCAGGCGAGAGACCACCUAGCGGCGAAGGCGGAGUCCGAACAAGCGGUCCUGGCCAAUAUCAGCAACGCCUUCCUGGCCAAGCGUCGACUGCUGGCCAAGGAGGUGAUGAUGGCCAGGAUCCAGGAGAGGCUGUCGCAGCUGGAGGAGACCAUGUGGGAUCUGCAAGCCGCCAUGGCCGAGCUGGACAACCGGAAGGCGAGGAACAGCUGCGAGAACAGCCUCGAGUGGGGCUCCCUCGAGCGCUCCCUUCGGACGGCGGAGGAGGACGCGGCCUACUGGCAGACGCGGCUCGGCCAAGUGCAGAAGGAGGCGCAGGAGACGAGGGAGAAGCUGGCCACCGCCCUCGCGAAGGGCCUGGCGCAGCACCUGGGGGAUGAGGAGGACCCGCGUCAAGACGCCCUCGGGGGAACGGAGGAAUCGCAGGCGUAACACAAGUCCUCCGGGGGGCGUCGCGGGCGUAAUACAGAUAUGCUAUGGGCGUCCGUUCUGUUUGUGUAGGAUGGGGCUCUGUCAGGCUGCUAGACCUCGCUCUCCCUUUCCUUCCUCUCGCUCGGGAUGCGCGCAGGAACACACUUAAACGGAAACAUACUUAAACAUACGUUCACACACACACACGCAGCGCGCACGAUCAUCCAAUUAUGGCGACUUGGAAAGAGAGAGAGAGAGAGAGAAGAGAGGAGAGAGAGAGAGAGAGAGAGAGAGAGAGAGAGAGAGAGAGAGAGAGAGAGAGAGAGAGAGAGAGAGAGAGAGAGAGA